UCUUUCCACAACAAUUUCUCAAACUAUUCUUACUUUGUUUAACUAAGUUAUGGAGGCUAUGGUUGGAGGAGCAUUUCUUUCCGCUUCUGUGGAAAAGUUGGUGGAAAUGAUUACUUCUGGCGAGUUUAUUGAUUUCUUUCGGAGGACUAAGCUUGACGAUGUGCUGAUCUAUAAGGUGAAGACAACACUGCUAAGACUUUAAUCUGAACUUCGUAAAGGUGGGGACAAACAGUUCACUGAUGAUCUGGUUGCGGAGUGGCGGAAUACGCUGCAAGAUGUUGUCUAUGAAGCUGAAGAUCUGUUUGAUGAAAUCAACACCGAAGCAUUGCGGUGCAAUGUAGAAGCUAACCAGGUUCUUAAAAAGUGUCUUUCUUAUUUUAAGAAGUUCAAUAAAGAGAUCAAUUCUAAACUCUUAAAGUUAUAUGAAAAAUUGGAUUAUUUGAAAAUCCCUAAUCCUGUAUUGAUAGAAGGUGAUUCUAGCUUUGUUAGGAAUGUAACUCCUACAAGUCCUGUUUUGUUAAGUGAAUAUGAAAUUAAAGGUAGAGAGGAUGACAAAAAGAAACUUAAAGAGUUUCUGUUGUUAGAGGAUGUUUGUGAUAGUGGACAUAAAAUAGGAGUGAUUUCUAUUGUGGGUAUGGGAGGGUUAGGAAAAACAACACUAGCUAAACUCCUUUACAAUGACAAUGAAUUGAAGGAUAAAUUUAAGGUUAGAGGGUGGGCACAUAUACCAAAAGAUUUUAAUUUUUUCACUGUCACUAAAGUCAUUCUUGAAUCUGUCACUUCUAAAACAGUUAUAGAGACUAACAUUGCUAAACUCCAAUAAAAAUUGCAGCAAACAUUAAGUAAUCAAAAGUUUUUGUUAGUAUUGGAUGAUAUGUUGCAUGAAAACUAUGUUGAUUGGAAUAGUCUAAGUGAUAUCUUUAAUGUUGGGCAAAUAGGAAGUAAGAUCAUCAUCACAACUCGAGAUGAAAGAGUUGCAUUACCCAAGCAAAGAUCUCUCUUUGUCCACCAUUUAGGAUAUUUGGGAACUGAAGCAUCCUGGUCUUUACUAGCCAUACAUGCAUUUGUAGAAAGAAGUUGCGAACAAUAUCACAAUCUAGAAAAAAUUGGUAGAGAAAUUUCCGAAAAAUGUCGUGGCUUACCAUUAGCUAUAGUAACACUGGGGGCUAUUCUUCGCACCAAAUUGUCACCUGAUCAUUGGAGUGAUUUAUUAAACAACAAUAUUUGGGAACAAACAAAUGAUGGGGUGCAAUCAUCUCUGCUAUUGAGCUACCAUUUCCUUCCGAGUUAUUUAAAAGGAUGAUUUGCUUAUUGUUCAAUUUUUCCGAAAAACUCAAUUUUAAGCAAAAAGACGGUGGUUCCGUUGUGGAUUGCAGAAGGCUUAAUACCUCAACCGAAAAGUGAAAAAAGUUGGGAAAAAGUAGCUGAAGAAUACUUUGAUGAGCUAGUGUCAAGGUCUCUGAUACGUCAACGGUCCAUUAACAAUGAGUCAGAAGAGUUCAUCGGUGAUGAGAAAGUAUGCUUUGAAAUGCAUGACCUCAUCAAUGACUUAGCUAUGAAAAUUUCAUCUCCAUACUGUACUAGGUUAGACAAUCAUAAAAUAGAUGAAAUGAUAGAUAAAAGGGUGCGGCACUUGUCAUUCGAUAGACUAAAAUAUAACUCAUACAAUAAAAUUGAAAAUUUGCAUGGAUUAAAAGGUCUACGAACCUUUCUACCCAUGCCAGUGCAAAUUUCAUGGAAUUAUGGUAAUUCUACGUCGUUGAAGUUAUUUUCUGGCUUGUUGUCGACAAUGACACAAUUACACGUGUUAUCACUUUCACACUUCAAAAAUAUCACUGAAUUACCCAACUUUAUUGGAAAUUUGAUAUAUCUGCGAUACUUGAAUCUCUCUAGCACUCAGAUUAAAUCUUUGCCUUCCGAAACAUGCAAGCUUUACAAUUUGCAGACUUUGUUGUUGUCAAGUUGCAAAGAACUCACUGAAUUGCCAAAGGACAUGGGGAAAUUGGUGAAACUGCGCCACCUUGACAUCAGAGGCACUAAAUUGAAGAAAAUGCCGGCACAAAUUUCCAAAUUGAAAAAUCUACAGACAUUGUCCGACUUUGUUAUAAGCAAUGUUAAGGACGUUGGAUUGAAGAUUGAAGAUCUUGGAAAAUAUCCCCAUCUACGGGGAAGACUUUCCAUCUCACAACUUGAAAAUGUAAUUGACCCAUCUCAUGCUUCUCAAGCAAAUUUGGAGAUGAAAAAAGAAAUUGACGAGUUGGAACUAAGAUGGUCAUGCAUUAAUCCUUCAAACUCACAAAUACAAAAUGUUGUAUUGGAACGUCUACGCCCAUCGACACAUUUGAAGAGUUUGACCAUUUCCGGAUAUUGUGGAGAAAAAUUACCAGAUUGGUUGGGCAAUCCAUUAUUUAGCAACAUAGUGUGUAUAAAAAUCUCGGGAUGUAAAAAUUGUUCAAGGCUCCCAUCCCUGGGGCAACUCGAUAAUCUUAAAGAACUCUUUAUUAGUGGGAUGCAAUCAAUAAAGAGUGUUCGUACCGAGUUUUAUAGAAGAGACUCUCCUUCAUUUCAACCAUUCACCUCUUUAAAGACUCUAAGCUUUGAAAAUAUGCUAGAGUGGAAGGAAUGGGAGUUGAUUGGAGGUACAUAUAUAGAGUUUCCUAGUCUUAUACACUUGUCAUUAGUAGAUUGCCCAAAACUCAAGGAAAACAUACCGACCAACCUUCCUAAGCUGACACAUUUAUGGGUGAAACAUUGUCCCGAACUCAUAGUGAUUACACCGUACAACCUUCCUUCCCUUAUUGAACUUGAGUUACAUGAUUGUUCUCUACUGAUAAAGUCAAGGAGUUCAGAUGAUACAGGCCCACCAUUUGACAUGUUCAGCCAAUUGAUGAUUAGCCUGAAUUCCCUUCAAAAGAUAACCUUAGAAAAUAUUCCAUCUCUAACAUCCUUUCCGAGAGACGGUCUUCCCAAAACCUUACAAUCUAUCAUAAUUGAUAGAUGUGAGAAUCUGGAAUUCCUUUCUCAUAAAUCUUUUCACAAUUACAAAUCACUCGAGCGUUUGGAAAUAAGUAAAAGUUGCAAUUCAACGACAUCAUUUACCUUGUGCUCUUUCCCGGUCCUCAAAAUUCUCGUGAUUUAUGGCUGCAAACAUUUAAAAUCCAUAUUAAUUGCAGAAGAUGCAUCAAAACAGAAUCUCUUGUUUCUUAGAACCAUCAGAAUAAGUAGUUGCGAUGAAUUGGAGUCAGUUUCCCUAAGUGGAUUGCCUAUUCCUAACCUCGCUGAUUUAACUGUGUGGGGCUGUAAGAAGUUCCGUUCUCUACCUGAAUCAUUAAAGACUUUCACUAGCCUUCAAGAAAUGAAUAUUGUUAACCUUCCAAAUCUGCAAUCGUUUUCCAUAGAUGAUUUGCCUAACAAUUUACGGGACUUGUUGAUUGGCGGAGUUGGAGGGAUUUGGUGGAAUACAACUUGGCAACAUCUCACUUCUCUUUCAACGCUGGAUAUUCGAAGUCAUGAUAUUGUGAAGGGGCUGAUGAAAACUCAAGUUCCGUUUCUACCCACUAAUCUCAUUUCCUUGAAUAUCGGCGACCUUAAAGAUAUAGAAUGCUUGGAUGGGAAGUGGCUUCAACAUCUCACCUCUCUCCAACAACUUCUCAUUUAUGACUCACCCAAGCUCAAGUCGUUGCCGGAAAAAGGGGAAUUGCCUUCCUCUCUUAAAUUACUGAUUAUCACAGGGUGUCCAUUAUUGGAAGCAAAAUUGCGGAGGAAGCAAGGGAAAGAAUGGAGGAAGAUUUCUCACAUUCCCACAAUAUAUUUAAAUCACGAUAUCAUUGAAUGAGUAUUACAUCAAGGUUUUGGUUCCAUCUUGGAUUCAAAUUGAAAUGAAAUGCAUCCUUGUUCUCACAUUAAAAACUUCUUUUAUUCUUGCUGUUGAUAUGGAUUGCUGUAAAGUAUUUUAGAACGUCAAUUCUAAGAUGAUGGAGAUUCUAAUUAAGAAACCAAAUUGCAAAGCUAGCGACAAAAAAAUUACCAUUGUUGGCUAAGGACAUGAAGCAAUCUAGCGGAAUUAAAAAAUUACACAUGGAUCAAUUGGGGCAAUAUUAGUUAGUAUCAGUUUGACGUAAUGGUAACUAAAAUUAUACAUUAAUCUUUUAGUUUUAAAAAUAAAUUAUAACAUAUUCAUAGCUCUGAUUGGGAAGACAUGUUUUUGAGCUUAUCUCUUAUGUCUUAUAAACUCAUAUGAUAAUUUAGAUACGUUUGGUAACGGUCUUUUCAUCACGAGCUUAUAGUUUAUUUUACUAACUUAUAAUUUAUUUUUCAGACGUUAUUUCAAAUAUCGUUUUAGCUUAUGUCUUAUAGUUUAUUAUUUUCUCUUCCUUUUUUAUCUUUAUUAUUUUAAUUAAAAUUCAUUUUUAACUCUUAUAAUUUAUUUUAAUUUAAAAUAAAAUAAUUAUAUAUUCAUUUUACAUUUAUAAGUUAAUUGAACCACUAUUUUUACCAAACACUUCAAUUAGCUUAUAAGUUAUCAGUCUCAACCACCUGCUAUAAGCUAUAAGUCA